AUGCCCUCGUGCUACGACGGACUCACGGCCAAGCUCAUUGAGCGCGCUGGGUACGACGCGUGCAUCAUGACCGGCUACGGUGUUUCAGCUGUCCACGGUGUGCCCGACACGCAACUGCUAUCGUACGGCGAGAUGGUGCGCAGCGCUCAAACUGUGUGCUCUACGCUCAAGAACAUCCCGUGUCUUGGCGACGGCGACACGGGCUACGGCAACGCCAUGAACGUUAAACGGACGGUGGCAGGCUACGCGCAGGCUGGAAUGGCUGGGAUUCUGAUUGAGGACCAGGUAUCCCCGAAGAGAUGCGGUCACACGACUGGCAAGGCUGUCGUGAGCCGCGAAGAGGCUUACGACCGCAUCAAAGCUGCGGUCGACGCGCGUCGUGAAGGCAACUUUGACAUCGUGAUCAUGGCGCGCACCGACGCGCGGGCCACUGAUUCACUGGAGGAGGCAAUUGCUCGUUGCCAGGAGUUUGUGCGUCUCGGAGCGGACAUCACGUUCCUGGAAGCCCCGCGGUCGGUGGGCGAGAUGAAGGCUUUUUGUCAGCAGGUACCCGGCCCCAAGCUCGCUAACAUGGUCGAGAUGGGGAUGACUCCCGUCUUGCUCCCGGAACAACUGCACGAGAUCGGCUGCAAGAUUGCUCUGUACCCGGUCACGCUGCUCAACGCUAGCAUCAAGGUGAUGGAGAAGGCUCUCGUGGAGCUGCGCAACCAGACUGCAGGCACUGAUACGACCGCAAUGAGCACUGCCAACGCCACUCCAAGCGCCGGACUUGACGAGUUGCUCUGUGACUUUGAGCAUGUCAAGGACGUCGUGGGCUUCACGGAAUAUUACGCGGAGGAAAAGCGCUACAGUACCAACGACUAG